UUUUCUUAUAUAAACAAAAACCCGCGGGGACCAAGAGUGUGGUAAUGUUCUGUAAAAACUUUCACUAGUGUCUAAGAGUUCCGGCGGAACCAAGUCUUUACGGGCCGACACUCGGCGGCACCUGUUUCUGUCGGUGAAGGCGUGUGAAAUGCUCAUCACUUCCUCAACGCCUUACCAGUCAUAGAGUUUCGGGAUCUGGUGCAAAAUGCUGGCUCCUCUGGGCUUCAGUUGCCCGCGCUGUUUGCUCCUCAGGCGCGGUGGAGGUGGAGGAGGACGCUGGGCUAUCGCUUCCCUGGCCAGGCACUUGGCCGACAAAACGCCAAAGGACAUUGUGAUACCCCCAGAGCCCACCACAUGCUGCAUGUCCGGCUGUGCCAAUUGCGUCUGGCUGGACUACGCCCAGACGCUGGCCAAACUUCUGGACAACAAUGAUGAGCGUGCCCGAGAGAUAGUCCUCAGCAAGAUCACCGAUCCGAACCUAAAGAUGUUCCUCAGCCUGGAGCUACGUAACAUGAACCUGCUGUGCCACGAGGAGAAGCCACCGGCAGGUACCACCGAGGACCCGAAAACUCCAAAGACACCCCCAAAGUAGUACAAAAGAAAUUACACCAAACUGUAUGGUUUUUAGUUAGGCAACAUUUCGUAGUAGCUCAAAUUUACCCAUGUACUUAGCGCUUAAGAACAACAAACCUCAUAAUAAGAUCUAAGGGUUGAGAGGCAAACAGAAAA